CCGACUUUUACCUUCAGUUACAGACGAGUUUCAGAGCAGUGCGGUUCGCAGCGAUCGUUGUGGAGAGAAACUUAAGCUAAAGCAAUUAUAUACGAGUUUUUUUUGGGAAAUUAAAAAAUAUAUAAAUAAUCUCAUUAAGGAAAAGUUGGCGAGAUACCAUAAAAUAAAAGAAAUUGUGAAAGUUCAUUGAAAUUACGAGCGGAAAUAUAAAUCAUAUACAAACAAGUACAUAAAUAAGUAUAUAAGUGGCAAAAAUAAAAUUGUUGUUGAAUAAGCAAUAAUACAAACCAAUAAAAUAUUAGCAACCGGAACACGCGCAAAUUUUCCUAAAAGUGUUGAGAAAUUCGCAAAUCGCAAUUCGCAACAGCGUCGCAGUCAAGGAUAUAAAUAUAAAAAGCAAAAACAAAAAAAAAUAAUAAAUUAAAAGCAGUGCUACAAAAUACGAAGAGAGCAAACUUAGAGAGCGAACACAACCAGCAGUCAACUAGCAACCAACACUAGCAACAUGUUGCCACAACAUCAGAUGUUAACACUGGCCAUUGCCAUGCUGUUUGUACUGGCGAACGGCGCGGCUGGGCAGCAGCUGAAGGGCAACCAAGAGGAUCCGUGCAAGGUGAAAGGACGUGUGGUUGGCGAUGAAGUCUAUUGUGACCGUUAUUGGGAGUGUGUCAGCAAUCAGCCCGAGCUUUACGAUUGCCCCAAUGGACUGGUCUUUGCCGGCAAGCAUCGUGGCGUUACAGAAGGCUGUGAUUAUCCGUGGCGCGCCAACUAUUGCGAGGGCAAGCAAUUAGCGAAUGGUCCCCUAUCGACGGAACAUUGCGACUGGUUGUACGGCAUCUUCGGGCAUGAGACCUCCUGCACACGUUAUUGGACCUGCUGGAAUGGCACCGCCACGGAGCAGCUUUGCAUCGGCGGUCUGCUGUACAAUGAGAAUGCCCACAGCUGCGAUUGGCCGGAAAAUGUAGAUGGUUGUCAGAAGCAUCCUCUCUGCAAUGAUGAUGCCAACGGUAAUGUCCCACUGGGUAAAUCGUGCAACCGUUAUUGGCAAUGCCAGGGCGGUUAUCCACGCUUGCAACGUUGUCCCGCUAUGUUGGUAUUCGAUCGGCAUUCGCUGCGUUGCGUCGUUCCCCCGACGGAGGAGUGCGAUAUACCAACAACGCCAACGCCACUCGACGGCGAGGGAGAGAACAACAAUGUCGGCGGCGGUCAGCUGUCCAAGGACGAACAGGAGCGAAAGCUGGCCAACGAAGGUGUGCCGCCAUUGCCGUUGCAAGGCAAGAACUUUCAACGUGCUAGAAAUUAGAAAUUCCAAUCAAAAUGCAGAGGAGGAAAGUGGCGCCGUAGAGCUCGAGAGCUGGAGGUGAGAGAGAGGUGAGAAGUGCGUAUAAGCGGCGGUAAUAUGAGGAGUUAAGAGAUCACCGAGUUGAGAGGUGCUAUGACAACGUGGUGGAAGAUAAAGUAGAACAACAUAACGGUGGUUUCAAAUUAAAAUGCAACGAAAGCAAAUAUGCAGCAACAAGACGUUGGUGCAACAAUAACAAUAACAAUGAAGAGCAAAUAAAUAAUAAAAGGAAAAUAUAAAAAUGCAGGAAUCAUAAUGACGGUAAUAGAUAGGGAAGGUAAGAAAGAGCAGGAGAAAGAAAAGAAAAAGUAGAGAGAGAGAGUGGCAGAGUGCGGCGCAGUAACGCAGCGGCGCUUAAGUGUACAUCAUACUAAGCUACCUAUCAUUGGUAAUGUGAGCGGUGUGAAAAUUCCAGCUAACUAAAUUUUGUGACACGGUUCCGACAUAUUGGGUUAACGGUGUCGUGCGGCAAAGUCAAAAUGGCAUGCUCGAGUGACGCUACAAUUAGUUUGGAACACCUUAGCGUGCUCGAGACAUAUUCAGCAGAGCGUGUAAUUUCGAGUGGCUACUAAAAUAACAACAACUGCGAAGUUGUCAGCAAGGAUAAGCUUAUAAACUAACGGUAUUAGUGUCAUAUUUGUCAUACAAGCGCUGCAACAACAACGCUAUUAUCUACUUUGACAGCUUUCUCAGCAGCCUGUGACAAUUUGAAUUCAGCUUAACCGCUCCCAACCGAUGUUUAGCCACUUUGACCGCGGUUAGCGCAACAUCAUUAGUCUCAAGCGCUGUUCCGUGCACAUUUUUAGCAACAACGAAGAUAGUUAUUAUAAAAAUG